GGGGUUGCCGUGGUGACGGCGAGGGAGGCCCUGGCAGCCCCGCAGCCUGUCCUGGCGGCUGAGGGCGGGUCACUCGAUUCGCUUACGAACUAAUGUGUUCCUCACUGGGGGUUUUUUUUUAUAUAUAUAUAUAUAUAUAUGUAUCUCAACAAAAAAAGAAAAUAAACGAAGGAGGCGAUGACCUCCAGACGGAGAGGGCCGUUGCAGGCCGUCCAGCUGGUCACUGAGGACUUGAAGACCCAGGUUGAUGUUUUGUUAAAGAAAAUCCAAACACCAGGAAUUGCUCAGCACCCUACUAGACAACGGGAAGCUUAUGAGAGGUGCUUGGAGUUAAAGAAUUCGGUGAUUGAAAACCUGGAAAUUUUACAUAAUUUGAAGAAAGCAAACGAACCAGCUCCUGUGGGUAAUUAUGCUCAACGGAAAAUGGAUGAAGGGAGACAGCUUACCAGCUUGUCCCUUUUACUUGAUGAACUUGCAGAAAAAUUACAAAGCAGAGGUUUGGAGAAUAUCUUGGAGAGGGACAAAAAGGGUCCAAUUGCUGCAGCGAUUGAGAAAGAAAAUGCUGCUUCAAGUGACGACAUAGAGGAUGAGGAUGACAGUGAGGAUGAAGAGGAAUCUGAAGACGAGCAAGAUCCUUCCCUGUUCAUUACAAUUAGUGACUAUGAAGGUCAGCAGGGCUGUGAUCUGACAUUUAAGAAAGGCGAAGUUCUAACAAUUCUUCAGCAAAAACCUGAUGGCUGGUGGAUGGGACAAGAUUCUCGGGGAAAUAAAGGCUUGGUCCCUAAAACCUAUUUACAGGUUAAUGGAGAGGAAGAGGAAGAGGAAGAGGAAGAUGAAGAGGAAGAUGACGAGGAAGAGGAAGAGGAAGAAGAUACUGACAUAGAUGAAACUGGAAGAGAAGGGCCUAAAGCACAAGGUAAAAGCUCGUCCCAGGCUGCUGUCAAUAAAGUUGCUUUGGAGGUUAGUGCCACAGACGUACUAACAUCAAUGGGAACCAUUCCCAAAGGAUUCAGGCCAUCUACUCUUGCAUCGCUGUUGGAAGAAGGAAACAAAUUUCACCUGAAUUCCUUUAUGCAACCUGUAUUAAGUGAGUCCAACUUAGCUUUUAAAGACCUGCACUGGGACCUUGACAAUGAUGGUGUCCGACCUAGUCAGGUGCGUGUAUCACUCUUGUUUACGUUGUGGAACUGUAGAAUGAUUCCUGUACCUGGGUCUGGUCUUCAGGUGCUGAGCAGACAUGUUCGAUUCUGCCUUUUUGAUUUUAAAAAGGUUCUCAGCAACAUUCAUACAAUUAGAGCAACCUGGCAAUCAAAGAGCCCCAAGACAUGGACUUUCUCUCCAAGAGUUACAGGAAUACUUCCAAGCCUGCUGGAUGGUGAUUGCUUUAUUAGAUCAAAUUCUCAGUUUCCAAACAUCGGAAUUCUGUUUGAGCUUGGGAUUACCUAUGUCCGUAAUUUGACUGGACACCAAGGGGAGUUGAGCUGUGGCUGGGCUUUCCUAUCGCUGUUUGAUGUUAAUGGAAUUGCUGUCCCCAACAGGACCUAUGAAGUUGCUAUACAUGGUGGAACACCUUAUGAGAAAGACAUAGAAGUGGAUCCAACAUUUUCUAGAAGGGCCUCUCUUUUAGGGCAGUUGGUAAUGGCCAGGAAGCAGCCCAAGCUACUGGUGAAACUGAUGUCACCAGCCAGUAAUUUGAGAAAUACAUUAAACUUGCUUCCAGAAACUCUGGUGGGUCCCAAAUGCUACAUCCACCUGCUGGGAUUUUAUCGGCAGUUGCUUGCAGAUGUGCUUCUUAAAGACAGAAUCAAUUUGCAAAAUGCUGAUCUUAUCUCUAAUCCAGUGCUGGCAACAUUUUCGGAUCUCCUGGAACAACCAGAUAUUGUAGAUGGUCUGAGGAGCAUGUGGUUUGAAAGGGAAAGACUUUUAAAACGUUCAGAAAAGAGAGAUAAAGAGUUUAUGAAACAAGAAUUUGUCAAUGUGUACUAUAACAGCGCAUAUCCCCUCCUUUAUUCCGUGACUCUACCAGACAACAAGUGGGCCAAUGAUCAUGUGGAAAUCAGCCGGUGGAAGUAUAUUGCCGAAUUCCUACAGAAAACCCGAGAGAAAGGCAGCUCUCUAUAUUCUCUACUCUCACCCGAGAAUAUUCAUCAAGCUUUUGAUAUAUCAGAAACAACCUAUGAUUUAUUGGGAACACGCAGGAAAAUGACUAUCAAUGACUGAGGCAUCAUUUUCGUUUUGCCCAAAAAAAUGUUUGGCAAAACUUGGGAGAAAUGGGCAACAGCUGAGCACUGUGUUUCAUCUUUCUGGGAUCAUCUUGCGUAGUAUUUGCAAACAAAUGGAAUGAGAUUGGUCAACAAAUCUUGUGGAGAUGGUUCCUCUAUUAACAGUUCGAGUUGCAUUUUUUUUAAACAUGCCAAAUACUGUUUACUUUUUCUGAACUAGUAAUCAUAAAAUUCACUACAGUUACCGUUUACUGCAAUCUUUAUCAAUUUUUUAGUGUUUACUGAUAAAUAUUUAUUAAAUUCACUGCAAUUAGUUACAGUCAAUCCUCUAAGUUUUAAAUUUAGUCCGUUCAGUGUUUAGUGUAAUUUUCAUGUACCAGUUUUCUCUUGUGUAUACUGCUGCAUAUUUUUUGUUAGUAAAGUUAAUUUAAAUUUUAAA